AUGGAACUGGUGGUUUUUACCUGUUGUAAAAGCUUAUUGCACUUGUUGUUCAAAUCGAUCAAUUUCUAAAGUUGUUCCAAUAUUGACAGAAGCGUUCGGUAUUUUGACAGCCCCACAAAGGAAAUGACGUAAACUACACAAUACUAUAUUGGAAAAAUCAUCUAGAAUUAUCUUUGAGCACAUCUGGUAGCUGCCGUGCGUCGUAAAGGUAGGGUUUUCCUUGCCGUUAGUUGACGCAUCGCACGCAUUUGCACCUCCUGCUUUGAAAAAAAUGGACGGCAUGGCUACGAGAAAAGUCAGUACUUCAAUGAAGAAUGCUAUUACAGCUAAUAGUUACCGAGGCCAUGCACUUGGAAAAACAGUAAAACAAUUAGAAGUUGAAAAAAACUUGAAGAUGUUGUCACUGCAAAUAAAAAAAGACGAAAUGAGGUUGUCUUCUUCCYCCAAACCGACAAGAAAGAAAGGGACCACAAGUGAAUACGAAGAACGCGAUGAAUCCAGUGAGGUCGUGAAAAUCGAGAGAAAGGGGACGCUGACAAACACCCAAAGACCUAAGCUUCUUCCUCUUAUAAGAAGCAAUUCAGCAAGCACUAGAAGAGAUGGGUUUUUAACUCAGCGAUCUUCAACUCUGGUGUCCACCAGUUCCUCUCCACCGUCGCCAAAGGCUGCACACGCCAACAAUUUCAACUCUUUAAGUCCUUUGUUUAAUGAUGUAAACAAAGAAAAAAUCAUUGACGACCGCCGAGUUGUUUCAACGAAACUGAGUCGUAACAACACAGCGUCGCCUAUUCUAACAGCAAAGUUCGCAAAAACAGAUCCAAGCAGUUCACCUCCUGGGGGGGUUGUUGUUCACCGUGGACUUGCAAUAAAGCCACUAUCCAUAACUUCGACAAGUAAACAACCACCGAAAGGAAAACAAAACGAAAAAGCAUCAAAGACAGUGUUUUCACGUCUUUAUCAGGUCCAACCCGUAAAACCUAAGAAAUCAAUAGCAGAGCUCAUGGAAAGAGGAGAAACACCUUCGCCGACACCUAGUCGACUUGAACGACGUCGRAGAUCGCUUUCGUUGCCCGAUUUAUCGGAAGCUAUGGAAGAUUUACGUAACUGUAGAUAUUUACGCAAGAACAGUAAGGAUGACAGCGAAUGACGUUUGAUAUAACUCUCGUAGAAACAUGACCUAUGGUUACAGUUAUUGUCACUURUGAAACCGAAACGAUCGUGAUGACUACUCAUCAGUAGUGCGCAUUUCAUUAAGACAGGUCGGAACCAGACCGAUCUAUUUAUAUAAGUAAAUCAUGCUUUUUGUUGAGAUUUUUCAGUAUUUUUUCAUGCUUUCCAUUAUACUUUUGGAUAUAAUUUAGAAAUCGAUUCUUCUGCCAAAAAAAAAAAGAUAAAUAUUGGAAUUCCCUUUUGUUCUGGCCAGUCAGUUCUGACAAAUGGAAAGCGCUCUAAUACAAAUUGYAAGUGAUGAACUUCGUCGAAAGAUAAAUACCGAUUAUAUAUAUAAAUGAAUCCCAAGAUGAACGCACGCAUGCAUAUGGCUGAUAAUGCACUAUGGAAUUAUGCAUGGGAUGCACAAUUGGCAGAAGUAAAAUUAAAAUUAAUUAAUCUAGUAAUUGAUAUUUUGUCAGAACUCUUGACGUACAGGUGUAUAAUGACUGUGAGUUAUCUGCAUAUUUAUUUAAUAUUAAUUAUUAAUUGUAAUUGUCAAUCAUACUAAAUAAUAAAUAUA